GCAGCAAGGACAGGUACUAAUGCUUGUUACUGGAGCAAUUAGUUCCAGCAAGCGAUCAGCUGCGGUGUAAACGUUUGCCUCCGGUACGCAGCACGUUCAUUAUUCUGUUUCGAGUGACUGACUCUUUGUCGCGUCGUCAUUUCGAUCCCUUCAGUGGUCAAGUUGGGUAACAUUCUGCUCGGGUGGAAAAUGCCUCAGGUUCGGCAGCUGGUUCGGGAUACCGGAGCCGAGGCGACAGCGAGCGCGUGGAACGGAUCGCGAACGCGGUGGGCGGCCGGCACGGCGGAUGGCACGCUGCAGAUCUGGGAGCGCUGCGACGACGGAGCGGAGCGCGGGCCGCUGACCCUCGCCGCGAGCUGGCCGUUGGGGGGAAGCGGAGGGGAGAAAACGGCAACAGCAGCGCAUCUGGUGUGGGUCCCCCAGGAGUUCGGCAGCAAGCUCGCGGUGGCUUGCAGGGGGAGCAGCCGCGUGCACAUCUGGGGGGAAGUUGGGGGCGCGGGGGAAGGGGAAGGGGGGGAGGAUGGGGGGAGUGGGGCCGCCAGGGAGGCGGGGAAUGAGGAUAACAGGGAAGGCGGGGCGGGAGGCAUGCUCACUGAUGCGGAGAUGGGUGGAGGAGGGGGGGAUGGAAGGGAGGGAGGGGCUGACCAAUCAGGAGCAGGCAGGGAAGGAGAGGGUGGUGGUGGCGGUUACAGGAGGGGAGGUGGUAACCGUUGGAGGCUGGUUGGAGUGGUGGAUGUUGGGAGCAUGCUGUUGUCUGCUCUGAAUGGCGCUGCUUCUGGGGGAGGCGUGAAUGGUGGAGGGUUUAUUCCAAGUGGGGGCAUGGCGGCUACAUCCUCCUCCUCCUCCUCCUCUUUAUCACCAUCAUCAUCAUCAUCUGGUGCUGCUGUGUUGGCGUUGGCGUUUGUGCGCAGCACUUACACUGACCCGCUGCUACUGCUGGCAGUGACAUCAGAGGGGCGAAUGGUGGUGCAUCGCUGCAGUGACUGCCUCACCCUUUCCGAUUGGACCCUUGAGGCUGACGUGGCACUGUUCCCAUAUGCUGACGUCAGCAUGGGCCAGGAGCUGCUGUCGCGUGCGAUCAUAGCCGUCCAUCCCUCCACGCGUGUUUCCGGCCAAUCGCCAGCUGUGGCUAUUGCCACGUGUGCAGCAGGCAACAGCAAGGGAGACUGCAGCACAGCCAAGGUGUGGGUGCGCAGCGAUCGCUACAUGCGCUGGCAUGCCAUCGCAGAUCUCCUGCCCAACCCCUCUGCUAACCCAUCAACCAAUCAGCAAGCGACACCUGUCUCGAGUAUCGCUUGGGCGCCCACCCUUGACAGGCCCUUCGAUGUCGUUGCCUUGGCCGCUGCUUCCGCCGUGCAUCUGGCCCGGAUAGACUAUCCAAACCUGUCUGGCUCGGCGCAGUUUGCUGAGCCUGAUGGAGCGCUAGAUGCCAUGGAGGAUGGUGCCGAGGCUCGGAGUUACCGUUCCAGGGCUUCUAAAGCCUUGGUUCAGGUUCGGCAUGUGGCUCGGCUUACCUCCACCAGUGCAUGUCAGGUACAUCAAGUAUCUUGGGAUCUGCUCGGCUCCAGUAUUGCAGCAGUUGGAGCAGAUGGUGUAGUUACUGUAUGGAAACAAACUGCUACGGGAAAAUGGGCUGGCCAUUCUGUUUACAGUGCAAAGUAGUUCAAAAGUACUAGACUAGUACCCUUUAUCAACAGAAACCUUUUUGUGAACCGAACCUAAUUUUAGUGAAUAUAGUUCGCUUUUAUAC